CGCUGCAGUAAGGUGGACGCUGAUUUGUGGGUGAGCCGGCGGCACGUGGGGCAGUCACGGAGAGAGAGUCAUCCCGGCUGAGGAGGAGCGGGGAGUCUGGAAAGAGAUUGCUGUUCUUGAAACUGGUUAUUUGCAAACAUGCCCUCUGACCUGGCCAAGAAGAAAGCCGCCAAGAAAAAGGAGGCAGCUAAGGCUCGUCAGAGGCCCAAGAAGGAGAAUGGAGACCCUGCCCCUGAGGAUACUGAACAGCAGCCAACCAAUGGCACGGCGGCAGCUGUGGAUGAAGUGGAUGAAGUGACUCGUCAGAUGGAGGAAUUCGAGCUCCGGAAGGCGGAGGCCCGCGCCGUCACCGGGGUUUUGGCUUCGCACCCAAACAGUACAGAUGUUCACAUCAUAAACAUGUCUCUGACCUUUCAUGGCCAGGAGUUACUGAGCGACACGACGGUAGAGCUGAACUCCGGAAGGAGAUACGGGCUCAUUGGUCUUAAUGGCACCGGGAAGUCCAUGCUACUCUCAGCCUUAGGGGGGAGGGAGCUGCCCAUCCCUGAGCACAUUGACAUCUAUCAUUUAACCCGCGAGAUGCCGCCCAGUGAGAAGACUGCUCUUCAAUGUGUGAUGGAGGUGGACACCGAGAGGAACAUGCUGGAAAAAGAGGCCGAGAGACUAGCGCAUGAGGAUGCUGAAUGCGAGAAGUUGCUCGAACUGUACGAACGUCUCGAGGAAUUGGAUGCUGUCAAGGCAGAGGUGCGGGCGUCGCGGAUCCUUCACGGCCUUGGAUUCUCACCUGCCAUGCAGCGCAAGAAGCUGAAGGACUUCAGUGGUGGUUGGAGGAUGCGUGUGGCUCUGGCCAGAGCCCUCUUUAUCCGCCCUUUCAUGUUGCUACUUGAUGAACCCACAAACCACCUGGAUCUCGAGGCUUGCGUGUGGCUGGAGGAAGAGCUGAAAAAUUUCCGCAGGAUUCUUGUCCUCGUGUCGCAUUCCCAGGAUUUCCUUAACGGCGUUUGUACCAAUAUUAUCCACCUGCACAACCGCAAGCUGAAAUAUUACACGGGUAAUUAUGACCAGUAUGUAAAAACUCGCCUGGAGCUGGAGGAGAAUCAGAUGAAGAGGUUCAACUGGGAGCAGGAUCAGAUCGCACACAUGAAGAACUACAUUGCACGGUUUGGUCACGGAAGUGCGAAGUUGGCCCGACAAGCACAGAGCAAAGAGAAAACCCUGCAGAAGAUGAUGUCAUCAGGACUAACAGAAAAGGUGGUCAACGACAAGACGCUCUCAUUCUUUUUUCCAUCCUGUGGCAAGAUCCCUCCUCCGGUGAUCAUGGUGCAGAAUGUCAGCUUCCGGUACGCGGCUGAUGGGCCCCUAAUCUACAAGAACCUGGAGUUUGGAAUAGACCUGGAUACUCGUGUGGCCCUUGUAGGCCCUAAUGGGGCUGGGAAAUCCACCUUACUGAAACUACUGGCAGGAGAGCUGCUGCCAUCAGAUGGAAUGAUCCGGAAACAUUCUCACGUGAAGAUUGGCCGCUACCACCAGCAUCUAACAGAGCAGCUUGACCUGGACCUGUCUCCCCUGGAAUAUAUGAUGAAAUGUUAUCCUGAAAUCAAAGAGAAGGAGGAGAUGAGAAAGAUCAUUGGGAGAUACGGCCUGACCGGGAAACAGCAGGUGAGUCCGAUCCGAAACCUGUCCGAUGGGCAGAAGUGCCGCGUCUGCUUUGCUUGGCUGGCCUGGCAAACACCCCACAUGCUUUUCCUGGAUGAGCCGACUAAUCACCUGGACAUUGAGACCAUAGACGCUCUCGCGGAUGCCAUCAAUGAAUUUGAGGGGGGGAUGAUGCUUGUGAGCCACGACUUUCGGCUUAUACAGCAGGUUGCGCAGGAGAUCUGGGUGUGUGAAAAGCAGGCGGUCACCAAGUGGACAGGAGGUAUCAUUUCCUACAAGCAACAUCUGAAGUCCAGGCUGAAUGAUGGUGAAGCCCCGCGCAAGGGCCAAUGAACCUUAUCAUCCCCCCACCCCCGGGACAGCCGCGAUAUCCCACCUUGAAGACAAGAUGAGACCCUCAUGCAAAUAAAAUCACACAUGAGGAA